UUUCGACUAGAGAACAACAUUCUAACAAUGCCAUCACUAAAAUUGUUAAUAGUGUUCUUUGCUGUUUUAACUGUGUGUUGUUGUGAUUCCCACAAGAAGAAACAUAAGUAUGAUUUGUACUGGCAUGGAUUUCAUUAUUUGACGUUUUUAGCAUUCAAAGUGAAGUUCCUUUUAGUGUUAGGAUUUAUUUUUACAGUUGGGUUAGUAGCUGGGAAAUUUUUUGCACUGGUAAAACUAGUAGAAUAUAUGAAAAAAGCGCCUGACGACCAUCAUCACUCCGAAAAAAUAGUUUACGUAUCUCUGCACGGAUCUGUCGAUCAUUCACCAAUUCAUGGUUUUUCGCAACCUGGUUUAGAUUUUGGAAAAUCAUAUCCACAUGGAGGGGGGCCUUAUCAAGAUUCUUAUCCACCUGGAUACUCUGUGGACCAGCUUCCGCCUGGAGCAGAAGUCUCUGGUGCAGGUGGACAAGUUCCUGGACCUGGUCAGGGUUUCGAAGGAAAUUACGCUCAAGGUCCACCACCUGGCUACGGACGAAGUAACGGUGCGGAAAAGCAUAGUAUUUCCGGUUACGUUAAAUUAUUUCAGCACAUGAUAAGGAAAUUCAAUAUAACUGAUAUAGCUUUUAAUGACCUCAACUUGAAAAGUGACGCAUGUAGAAGGAAGUUUGUGUGUGAAGCAGAUUUCAGUAGCAAAGGGAACAUUAUUUUGAAAUUAGCUUUUAAUAUAUUCAGUGAUGAUAAUUACAGUAGAUAUAAAACAAGAAAGAAUAUAACAUCCAUAGAAGAAUGUAGUGAUUUAUAUACCAACUGCGUUGAAGUGACUUAAACCGAUAUGGUGCUCAUAGACUGACUGGUGGUCUUCUCCAGAACAUGAAACCCAAAUGGAGAAUAUAUUUAAGCUUAA